GGACAAUCGAAUGCGGUGAUGGCGCAGAGUCUGGAAACUAGGCCCACUGUCGUGGACUUUCGUGAAGACAGCCCGUGGGUGCAACUUGCUAAGGCCCACUGGUUAGAUGUGAAGGUUCGCAAGGUAAAAUCAGACGCGAUCAAAAAGCAAUUAUGGGAUCCGCUUGAAGCCGAAGGUUUUAGCAGUCGGUCACUGCUGGUGUUAGAGAACUUGAAUGUCCUGGAGAAGUAUCUGUGGCCCACGUACACUGAAGAUGCAUCGAAUCACCACGUACUCUUGAUUGCGAUAAUCGUGAGUAUUAAGUAUCGCGACCAUCUGCCAAUAUGGGAGGUGUUUUCGGACCGCAGCGACGACUUCUCCAACCUGUUCCAUCGGAUUCUAUCUAUGAGCAUCGAUCAUUCCCUUCCAACUAGCUCGCGCCUCGCGAUCCUUUCCUUCGUCAUCGGCGCCUUCCAAUCCUUGGAAAAUCCAUUGAUUCGGAAGGAGUGUGCCCCGCUUGUUUCAAUCUCUAUCUGGCACAAUCUGGCCAGCGAAGGUGCCCGGGAUCGCGUAAUUGCCAAAUCACAAUCUCUGAAGAAAGCGUGGAGGGCAUCAGCGAAGCGAUACGAUGCGGGAGACGAAGCUGCUAAGGCCAAAAUUCGCUUCGAGCGCGCUUGGCUGUAUAGCAUGCUCCUGGACUUUACGCAGAAAUUGAAUGGGCCGCAAAAUCAACCAGCGGAAAACGUGUUAUAUUGUGAGCGGUUUCUGGAGCUGUUAGUCGACCUCUUGAGUCAGUUACCUACCCGCCGAUACGUCAAUACUCUUCUGAAAGACCUCAACCUUCUCCCCGUCAUCCGACUUUCGCAGUUGUAUCUCACCCCAGGAAAUGAUCUUUUCCGGGACUUUUACAACCUUUUGAAGCACUUUAUCAACUUCGCUAUUGACGAUUAUUCGGGAGAUGCUCUUGCACCGCAGUCAAUCUAUGAUCUGCACUGUCAAGAGCUAGCGCGACUGCAGAGAACCGCCAUGAAAUCUUUCAAAGACAAGCUCAUGAUCCUUGCCCUCUCCAACCUAGGGUCAAUAGAGCAGCGAUCGGAACUUGAAGGACAACUGUCUUCUCUGAACGAAUCGGAGCUGCAGAGCCUCUGCUCUGAGUUGGGAUUCCGAACCACUUAUCCCAAGUCAGCGAACAUCACUCCCGAUCGCUCUUUGUAUUUGGAGGUUCUUGUCUCGUUCUACGAGCGCAAACUGGCCUUUCAAGAAGUAGUCUCACAGCUCAAGAUCGUACCCACAGAGGAAAGUCUCUAUGAUCCGGCACUGCUGCGGAAUGAGACUUACGAUGGCUCAAGACCUCUUGCAAUCCCCAAGUUGAACCUCCAGUAUUUGACACUGGGUGACUUCCUCUGGCGAUCAUUCCUCUUGUACCGAUCGGAGGCAUUUUUUCAGAUCCGAAAGGAUAUGGAGGCUAUCCUCAAACGCAUGCAACCACGCGGGAAUCGGGAUGGGAGUUUGACCUUCGAAGGAUUCUCUCGCAUGGCAAUCCCUAUCUCAAAGCCUGCGAUCAUCGAGGUUGCACCAGCGAAAGUUGGCUCACCAAACCCUGCCUUUGUUCGUGCAGAGAUUGCAAUCGAGGUCGGCAGGCUAGCAGAUCACAUUCGGAAAGAAUGGGAGUCACUUCGCCCCGAUGAUGUUGUUUAUUUGAUGGCUAUCCAGUCAACUGCGGCUCCUCCAUCGGGCAUUCGCGAUGAAACGGCAGAGGGCCCACGUUUAACCCACCUUCGGACAGCCGAAAUCGUUCAAGUGUUGGAUGACCAAGGCCGUCCGCUGCGAAACCCAGGUGGUGGCCAAACAAACGGUUACAAAGCUCGGCCCCGCCUCCGUCGACUACUUGUCAACCUGGAUGCUGCAGCUUUCAAAGAAGACAAGGACAGACAACAGCAGGGUAAACCAGAUAUCUAUCCUCUGAUCAAUGUUAUUGCCAGAAGAAAGGGCCGCGAAAACAACUUCAAAUCAAUCCUCGCGACGAUACAGAAGCUCAUUGUUUCAGACAUGACUCUCCCGUCUUGGCUCCAAGAUAUCUUCCUGGGAUAUGGAGACCCAUCAGGUGCCCACUAUUCACAACUGCCCAAUCGCCUCAAGUCUAUUGAUUUCCGCGAUACGCUUUUAGAUUGGGCUCAUCUUGUGGAAAGCUUCCCAGGGAAAAUAGUCGAACCGGCUGGCUCCGAGACAUCUAGCUUUGGCCCUCCAUAUAUCCUGGAAUCUGUCCAGGCUGAAUCCUCUGAGCCCCAAGAAGUUCCACAAAAGAAGCGGCGACGUGAGCAGGCUGGGCAAACAGAGCAAGGCCCUAGUACCAUCCGGGUAUCAACUUACAAGCCUCCAAACCCAGUCGAGGCGAUUGCUUCUGGUACUCAGCCUGGACUCACUGUCAUUGUGGGACCCCCAGGGACCGGCAAGACUGACGUCGCGACUCAAAUCAUCAAUAACAUCUAUCAUAAUUUCCCCCGCGAGCGCACGCUUCUUAUCGCUCAUAGCAACCAAGCACUCAACCAGUUAUUCCAAAAGAUCAUCGCUCUCGAUAUCGAUGAACGUCAUCUUUUGCGAUUGGGCCACGGCGAGGAAGAGUUGAAUACUGAUUCCGAUUACAGCAAGUAUGGUCGGGUUGAGUCUUUCCUUGACAAUCGCAACAACUACUUAUCAGAAGUGAUGCGGUUGGCUGCUUCGAUCGGUGCUCAGGGAGCGCACGGGAACUCUUGUGAAACAGCUGGCUAUUUCAACACCGUCUACGUCCAACCUGCCUGGGCCAAAUUUUGGGACCGUGUCAACUCUGAGGAGAUUUCUUCGGAGGACGCUGCCGCCUCAUUUCCUUUCCAUGCAUACUUUUCCAAUGCUCCACAGCCCUUGUUCGAUCCAAGCGCUUCAAAAGAAACAGUGCUGGAUAUUGCAGCAGGCUGUCAAAGACAUCUGGAGCGGAUUUUCUCCGAGCUCGAGGAUAUCCGACCCUUUGAGAUCCUUCGGCAGCCCAAGGAUAAAGCCAAUUACUUGUUGUUGAAGGAAGCCCGCGUGAUAGCCAUGACAUCGACCCAUGCAGCCAUGCGUCGUCAGGAAAUUGCUGAUCUUGGCUUCCAUUAUGACAAUGUGAUCAUGGAAGAAGCGGCCCAAAUUACUGAGGUCGAGAGCUUUAUUCCAACGGCUCUUCAGAACCCCAAGAAUGGCGAGCUGCCUCUCAAGCGAGUUGUUCUCUGCGGAGAUCAUUAUCAAAAUUCCCCUGUCAUCCAAAACAUGGCUUUCCGCCAAUACGCCCAUUUCGAGCAGAGCCUUUUCUUGCGCCUUGCCCGUCUCGGCGUGCCUGUGAUCACCCUGGACAAGCAGGGUCGAUCUCGGCCCAGUAUUGCAGAGCUCUUCCGGUGGCGUUACAAGGAGCUGGGUGACUUGCCCGUCGUUGAGACCGCGCCACAGUUCCAGCUCGCUAAUGCCGGGUUCCAAUUCGAAUAUCAGUUCAUCAACGUGCCCGACUACCAGGGCAACGGUGAACGCGAGCCUACUCCUCACUUCAUUCAGAACUUGGGUGAAGCCGAGUACGCUGUGGCUUUGUACCAGUACAUGCGUCUGCUCGGCUACCCGGCCGAGAAGAUUUCGAUCCUGGCCACGUAUGCUGGGCAGACUGCUUUGAUCCGGGACGUGCUUAACCACCGCUGUGGCAAGAACCCUUUGUUCGGACUGCCCAAGAUCGUGACGACUGUGGAUAGAUAUCAAGGAGAACAGAAUGACUACGUCCUUCUUUCUUUGACUCGCACUCGCACUGUCGGCUACCUCCGUGACGUGCGUCGCCUUACAGUUGCUCUCUCCCGAGCCCGAUUGGGUCUGUACAUCCUUGGUCGUCGGGAAGUGUUUGAAUCAUGUUACGAGCUCAAGCCGGCCUUUGACCAGCUCUUCCAGCGCCCCGACAAGCUCAUGCUUUUCCCUGGUGAGAUGUUCCCAAGCACUCGGGCGCUAAACGCUCCUGCCGAGGGUACUGCUAUGGAGAGCGUUGAGCAUCUUGGUCAAUACGUGUUUGAGAUGACUCAGGCUAAGGUGAAGGCUAUGGGUGAUGGGGAAAUGGUUCUUGAUAAUGAGGCCCCCGAUGGUGAGGACGGCCUUUUGGAGGACGAUGCCUUGGAAGGAGACGAAGAGGACGAUGUGGAGAUCGUAUGA